AUGGCCUUUGAGAGGUUUUGCAUCAAGACUCACAAGUUCCUCAACAGCCUGAUCCCUUCUAUGGGUCGCUCGCUCCCAGGCAGUCAGCACAUUCAAUACAGACCACAGGACAAGGCGUGCAAGGUCAUUAUGUGGGGAAAGAAGUCCAUUGACAGGCCUGGGCUCCCAAGUGGUGGUCCCACCCACAACGCACGGCUGUGGGGCUGCACUGUGGUCUCACCAGGCCUGUGGGCUUUUGCCACCACUUGUAUUAUAUUCUUACUCUCUCCCAAUGUUGAGUUCUCCAAAGGGGGCAAAGGAGAUCAAUCAGGCAUCAAGUAUAGCAAGUAUUUUGCUGAGUACAAGUGUCUUCUUACGUGCAAGUGGGAUUCUCCCCAUAUUACUUCCCUCCGCUUAAAUAUCAACACAUUCAUGUUUGGUUCAGCCACUGCUGAGGUCACCGAGUCAUCUAACUCCGUAGUGCAGGAAGAUUUUGCCAGACACAUCAAUGCGGCGAUGGCGGCAAUGCAUAUGGAUUUGGACAACGAGCCAGUCUCACUUCCUCAUGGUGAGUAG